ACUACAAGAAAGAAUAACAUCAACACAAAUUCCUAAUUUAACGCUAUGAUGAAGUUGCGUUCUAACUACUCUUUAUAUUCUUUACCUUUAUUCUUCUUCUUCUAAUGCCCCCAAAAUCCUCUUUCACCUUACCUAUCUAUCAUUCUUCUUUUCCCUUUCUUUCUCCCUUCUUUUUCUUCACUUUCCUCCCAUAUUCACCUUCAUCAUUCUCCUCAUUCUUCUCAAUGAAAUGAACCAUAAUCCAUCAUGGUUUCUUUCAUAGUUAACCACCACUACUACCAUAACACUUCACAAACCCAAAAACUUUUUUUCGUAGAAACUAAAUUAGUCCACCUAAAUUGAAACCAGAGAGAACCACAAACUCAAAAACUACGUGAUACAUAAUAAGAAACUAAGAAGAUUGAAUCUUUUUUUUUUGUGACUCUUCAACUUAUGGCUACUAUUGCUACUUUCUUCAACAAAUUUUACUAUGUUUUGAUCCUCAUUGUCCACCUUGGAUGCUUCAUGUUCACCGUCGCCGCCGCCACCGCCGGAAAACAAGAUAACCGUCAAUUAUUACCAUCAAAGAAACGAAAAAUCUCACCUUUAUCACAACCCUCUUCACCUUCUCACCCUAAAUUCAAAACCCAUAAAACUCUUUCUUCUUCUUGGCAUUUCAUCAAACACCUCUUCUGCAAAAAUUCAAGUAAAACUGUAACCACCACUCCCACCACCCAAUCAUCACCUCAGUCCACCAUUACAAACACCGUGAAAGCCUCCACACAAUCACUUAUCUCAUUGGUUCAACCCGACCCGAGUUUCCAAGAUCCACCACGGAAGAAACAAUCCGAAUCAGAUAUUUCCGCUGAUAAUAACAACCUCUUCUUCCCUCUCCGUAAUGACAUCUUCCCAUGUACUGCGUGUGGCGAGAUUUUUCAGAAACCCAACCUCCUCGAGAAUCACCAAUCCGCAAACCAUGCAGUUUCGGAGCUUAUAGGAUCCGACCCGGGUCACAAUAUCGUGCAAAUCAUCUUCAAAUCGGGUUGGCCAGAAACAAACACCUUCCCAAACAUACACCGAAUCAUGAAGAUCCAUAACAGCCAGAAAAUCCUCUCGAAAUUCGAAGAAUAUCGCGAAACGGUGAAGAUUAAAGCAGCGCGUGGUGUCACGCGCCGCCGUGACGAACGCUGUAUUGCUGACGGGAAUGAACUCAUGCGUUUUCAUUGCUCAACUUUUUUAUGUGAGUUGGGACAUAACGGGGAUUCUUCGAUUUGUUCUCAGCAAUUUUGUAAUAUCUGUGGAAUUAUUAAAUCAGGGUUUUCCCCAAAAUUAGAUGGAAUUUCCACGCUGUCGACUAGCUGGAGGGCACACGUGUCAAUUCCUGAUGACAUCGAGCGGGAGUUUAAGUUCAUGAACGUCAAACGGGCAAUGCUCGUUUGUCGUGUUAUUGCGGGUCGGGUUGGGUCAGAUUUGGACGAUGAGGUGGAUAAAACCGAUGGAGGUUUUGAUUCGGUGAUGGCGCGGGGCGAGAGUGGUGUUUACACAAGACUUGAUGAGGAGGAGUUGGUUGUUUUUAAUCCUAGGGCUGUUCUUCCUUGCUUUGUGAUUGUGUAUAGUGUGUAAUUUGUGAUGAACAAUGAUUAUGAGCUUGAUCUAAUGGUCAUGUGAUGAUGAGUUGUAAUCUUAAUUUAGUCAAGUAUUUUGUAGUUAAGGAAUCCCUUUUUGACAUAAUCCAUGUUAUUGGAUCAUUGUGCACACAAAAUUGUGUAUUAAAUUGACACACCAUGUGGUAUAGUUUAUGUGUGUGUGUGUGUGUUUGAGGUGAAUAUCUUGGUUAUGUGCACAAAAUUUUGUGCAUUAGAUUGGUACAUCAUAUUGUAUAGUUUGUGUGUUUGUGUUUUAGGUGAAUCUCUUGAUUGUGUGUGAUUAAGGUUACCUUUUGCCUA